GUGGGGGGACGUGCGACGUCUGGCCUGCAGGGGGAGUAUGGGCAGGUUGGGAGAGCACCGGAUUGGCUGGGGGGAUUGGACCUGAGUGCGGGCAGGUGUCGGCACUCAGGCCAAUCAGGGAGUGUUUGUACUUAUGUGCCUGCUUUUGUCUGGUAGUGAGCGGGGGAAUCCAGGAAGGAUUGGCAGCAGAAAGGAGCCGAUCGCCAACGGAGAUCGCGUUGAGCAGAAUAUAAUUUACAUUUGAUCCAAUUGUCUUUGGUUUACACGUUUGUGAAAGACAAUAAAAAAACUUCCUGAUCUCAGAAGCCAAGCCUGUGUCCAGCGCUUCUUGAACCCGUUACAGUGGAGCCCAACGAGGGGCGAGCGCACAGAAAUGGACCAGUCCCCAUUGGGAAACGUGCUCGGGCACCUAGCCCAGAUGGCGGAGAGACAAGGCCAGCUCCACCAGGCGCAGAACGAGGCGCUCACGGACCUGGCACAAUCCUUGGCCGCCGAUCGGGCCAUGCUCCGGGAGCUCCUCGCCUCCGGCGGACACGGCGAAGGACCCCGGGGGGCGGGACCCGCUACGCACAUACACGUCCCGAAGAUGGGGGAGGCAGACGACGCGGAAGCCUUCAUCGAGACCUUCCAGGGAGUGGCCGAGGUCUCAGGGUGGCCCCGUGCGGAGUGGGCGCACCGUCUCCUGCCGCUCCUAACAGGAGAGGCGCAGCUUGCGGCCCACAGUCUGCCGGCUGGGGCCCAGCGAGACUACGACGCCAUCACCAGGGCCAUCCGAGACCGGCUGGGCCUCUACCCGGAGGAACAUCGCCGGCGUUUUCGGGCGCUGGCCUUCCGUGAGGGCGACCGACCCUUUGCCUUCGCCCAGCAGCUGAUGGACCAGGCAAGGAGGUGGCUGGUCCCAGACCGGAACACGGCAGAGGACGUGGUGGAGCAAGUGGCCCUGGAGAGGUUCGUGGAGGAGCUGCCGGCUAGGACCUCCGCCUGGGUCCGAUACCACCGACCCGAGAAUCUCUCCGCCACGGUCGUCCUGGCGGAGAGCCACCUGCAGCCACCGCCAGCGACCACCGACACCGAGCCCACGUACCGGUGCGGCUGCCCCACGGCGGGACAGACCAACCCCGGCGCCGAGGGCGAGAUGGGGGGGCGUUCCAGAGCGGGCACAUGAGUCGCCUCCCACCCCCACUCCACAGACGGGCGCUCAAGCGGCGGGGGAGGGGUGCUGGCGGUGCGGGCGGCCUGGCCACUUCUGGCGGGAGUGCCCUAUGAUGGAGGUGGGUCAGGUCGUCCGCGUCACCGGUGCCCCGUCUCCUCCCCACGGUCCCGGCGAGGCGUACCGUAUCCCGACGGACGCGUCGGAUAGGGGGUUGGGCGCGGUCCUGACCCAGCAGGUGGAGGGGGUCGACCGCCCGGUGCUGUACCUGAGCUGGAAAUUAUC